AUGGCAAACAAACGACUGGAUCCAACUAUCUUGGACCUUCAGACCUCACUCGAGAGCGACACCGAGCUACAUGAACUAUGUUGUUCUAUGAUUACCGAAGCAACCUCAGGAAGAGCUGUGACGGCGAAAGGGUCCUUUGCUAUAAGCAGUGUUCAGACCCUUAUGGAGCAACUCGACUUCGCGAUGUCACACGCCCCAGAAUGGCCGCGAGCCACCGAUGAUCCUCAUAGUUUGGCCGGACUUCCUUUCAACCAAACGCUCCUGAACCUGAUGGAAACACCUAGCGGGAGAGCCUUAUUCAAACGCACGGAGGUGAACCAACACCUGAAGGCUAUUCUCAAAAAAUGGGCAGAGUUCCUAGAGACAAGGGAUUCGUUGUACGUUCUCAACGGAAGAAACGGAUGGCUGUCACGCGAGGCGAUUGCAAAGCUCGAGGAUAUGGCCAAUCGAGCAACUGGGCACCAUCGAAGCUUUACUGAGCUAUAUGAAUGUCCAAGCGAGAGUGAUCCUGAUACACUUGGCUUUCAAUCUUGGGACGCAUUCUUUUCCCGACGGUUCAAGCCAGACGUCAGGCCAUUGCCUUGUCCAAGAUCUCUCAAUGCGCUGCCAGGGACGCCAAUUUUGAACUCCUGUGAAUCAAAGCCGUGGCAAAUAUCUCGUAACUGCUCGGUCGAUGAUGAGUUCAGUCUUAAAGGCCAGUUGUACUCCCUGCGUGAUAUGCUGGGCAAUGAUCCACUCACGGACCACUUCCAUAAUGGCACUGUAUAUCAGGGAUAUUUGUCAGCCUUGAGCUACCAUGGCUGGCAUUCCCCUGUCUCCGGGACGAUUAUACGUGUACGUUACAUCGAUGGUAGCUACUUUUCGCAGCUCCCUAUGUCUGAUCCAUUAGCGAUGGAAAAGUCGCAAUGCUACCUUGCAAAUGUCGCGACGCGUGCAGUCGUUAUUAUAGAGACACCAGAACCUUCCAUAGGGCUUGCUUGCUUUAUUGCAGUUGGUAUGGGUGAAGUUUCGUCAUGCGUUGCUACUGUUCGUGAGGGGGAUCAUGUUGAAGCAGGCGAUGACAUCGGGGGUUUCCAUUACGGAGGUUCAACCCACUGCCUUGUGUUCAGCGGGAAAACACAUGUUGAAUUUGAAGAACAUGUGGGGGAUGAAGGAGGGAGCACAACUUGCAAUGUUCCAGUUAGGGGUAUGCUAGCCCGCUGUUUUCCCAAGCCCAUAGAGGCUAUCGGCAAGUGA